AUGCACCGAAGCAAGCCCGUGGCGAUCGCACUGGAUAGUGAGUUCCUUAAGUCACACGGCCGUGUGCUGACGAGAGCCGUGGCUUUUGUCCCGUUCUCAUUCACAAAAGACGCAGCUUAUGAGUCGCAGGCCGAUGCUCGCGCAGCGGUGCCACGCGCGCCUCUUCUUUCUUCCCCGCAACCACCGCCGGGGCCGAGGCAGCAGACGCUUCGGCGAUCAACAAUUUUUGGAAUUCCCAUCAUUUUGAGUCUCAUUCCGGCGGAGGUGAUGCGCCGCGCGGAUGUUCUUCCCUGCGGCCACUCCCUCGAGGCGGAGCUGCGCACGGCGUUGGCGCAUGGCGAACGACUCCGGACCAUUCAAGAGCGACACGAACGCUCCAGCGCCGAGGCCGUUUCAGAGAUGGCGGGGGCGUUCAACUCGUUCUGCCCCUACAGUAUUCCCAACAUUCGACGGGGGGAUGUCUCGUGGUUUGAGGCUCUCUACUCUGCUGCCGUCCACUCUGCGGAUUUUCGCGAGGCGGCCCGGCGUUUGGAUCACCUCAAAGCCUAUGGGAAAGGAAGACGUCAGGAACGCUCCUUGUCCUUUUUGCUGCGACAACACCCAACGCUGCUGCAGGAGGUGUUGCGAGAAUCGUUUUCGUCCGCCGAUGCGUGGUGUGCGUGGCUGAAAAUGUGUGGGGAUUUGGUGGAGCGGGAGCUGCAUCGUGUGGCGGAGGAGUGCCGCCAUCUGUCUGCGCCCCCCGCCUCACCCUUCACCCCGUCUGUGGAGAUGGAAAGCGACCCCAGCCGCGGCGGGGUGCAGUAUAAAGAAUGCGGAAGCCUGGAAGAGUUAUCGUAUGAGCUGAGCCGUCUGUGGUGUUCUUUGCGGCGCCGAGGAGGCGGUGGUGGCGACAUGAAGUUCUACGCCUAUGGCGACAUGGACGCUAAAGCCAUACAAAACACGCUGCGACUCGGGUGCUGUAUGCAGACGCGGUGCUCGGCCCCGGCGCUUCAAAGAGGCCCCCCGUCUGCGCCACCGCCUUUGCGCCACAAUGCGGGCCAGCUUCUCGCCUCGCCCUAUGAGGCUAGGGUGGUAGACGUCACGCGGCACACGCUCUUCGCAGCCUCCGGGUUUCGUGUGUCGCCUAGGACGAUCCCGCGGUUGGGCGACGCCCUGGAAAAGGCCGCUGCUGUUGAUGGGGCCGCCGCGCGCCUCCGCUCGCAGAGCGAUCCCCACAACCCCGUUUGGGACGCAAAGGCUCUUGCGUGCGUAACCGUUGCCUCAGGAAUUUGUCUGGGGUGA